UGUAAUUCUUGCAUACUGAGAACCAACUUCUGACAAUAACAUUGUUUUGAUAACCAUUUGACAGCCAAGAAAUACUGAGCCCUUCUUAAUGGCGACACGGAGKCUUUCUCUUGCAUCUCGACAUUGCAAAAUCAUGCUAUUUAGCCAUAUUGUGCAUUUUGUAGGAAGUUUGUAGGAUGUCAACACAUUUCUAUGUCCCCUCACAACUCUACACUGAAAACCCGAUGCAGAAUUUAACUCAUUUGUCUCCAAUUUCYUCGGGUUUAAUGGCGUUCCAGAGGAAGAAAGGGUCCAGUCCUGUCGUCCUCACAAUAACAGUUAUUGAAGGACGCAACCUGUCAGUUAUGGACCCUAACGGCAAAUCUGACCCAUACUGUGUAAUAGUAGUGGGCGAUCAACAGCAGUCGACCAAUGUACAAUACAGUACACUUAACCCUGAAUGGAGAGAGACAUUUAAGUUUGAGUUAUCAGCUAUACCACAGAUUAAGGAUACAGAUGAAAAUUAUGGAUGUUUAAUACAUUACAUCAAUGUCGACGUGUGGGAUAAAGACACUUUGAAUAGGGACGACUUUAUGGGGAGAGUUGUAAUACCAAUAUCAAUCCUUAAUGAACAUCGUACAUCYGSAUGGUAURCUCUUGGCAGAGCUGCACCCAAGGAUGAAGUAACAGGGGAUAUAUAUUUAGAAAUAUCACUUGUCGCACAACAGCCAAUCAUACGCUGGGAUGUUGAUAAUGAACUGUUGGUGAUGUGUAAGAAGAGACAUGGUUUUGAACUGCCUUUUGUGUCGGGAGAAUCUAUAAUGCAUUUCCCAGGUAAAGCUGAGCACGUGGAGAUGAUUUUUGACGAUGUUGUGAUUGAAAUCAGUAAACAUCGGGGAAUUGGAAGGAUCUAUCUCACUGAUUUUAGACUAAUUAUAUUGUGCAAUACAUCAAACCAUGCUGGUGUUGGACACAGGGAUAUGUCCAUGUGGGUUGCACUGAACAAUAUUCAAGCKGUCGAUAAAGGAGAGGAUGAGAAGGUUGUAAAGAGAACCACAGGUGGAAAUGCUGCAUUUGCUGAUGUUAAAACCCUUACUGUCCGCUGUCAUGACUUCCGUACAAUAUAUCUAACAUUCAUGAARAGCCAUCAACCGCAACAAGGAAUGUUCUUUCUCCCUGCUGGCACCAAUAGCAGUCAGUCAAGUCCUGACUCCAUACCAGGCUCUGCUCAUCAAAUGGCUGCAGAGGGAGGAGUGGAACCUAUUGAUAAAAUUCAAGAUGUUGCUGUUCCCGAACUAGAGAAAUUGCAUUCAGGUGACGGUAUUGCAUCGCCACUCCCRAACAUCAGUCAAGAUGACAUCACAAGAUCAAGUAGCCACAGUAGUUUCCAGGUCCUUUCCAAGAGUAGCAGRAGUGGAAGUGUAGAUGGACUGGUACCUACUGGUGUAUUAGGWGUGGCUUGUGUUGCUAGUCCAACAUCAUUACCAGAUAAACUCAUAACCGAUCAUAAUGAUGUCAUCAAUUUCUUGCCAUUCUAUGUGAAUGUCCUAUUCCAAAGAAUUGCUUUCCAUAUUAUGAACUCCAUYGACAACCCACCAUCAAAGAUGUUUGUAAAGCACCAUUCUUCAGAUCUCAAGCUUGAAUGUUGGUCAGUUUAUGAUGCACAAGAAGAGUUUGCUAGACAAGAGCUGUCCAGUAAAUGGAGAAUAUCCAAGGCAAACAUUGACUUUGGAAUCUGUUUAUCUUAUCCAAAGUUCCUUGUUGUUCCUUAUGCCAUUGAGGAUGACACAUUAAGAGGUUGUUCUUCGUUCCGAUGCAAAGGUCGAAUUGCUGCCUUGUCCUGGUUCAACAAAAAGAAAGGAAACUUUAUCAUGAGAUGUGCACAACCAAAGACUGGAGCUAUGGGAAAGUUUUCAACUGAAGAUGAAGAAAUUAUCAGCACAGCACGGCAAUGUAAUCCUUCUUCAGAUCGUCUUGUCAUCUUUGAUGCUCGUUCAAUGAUGGCUGCCAGUGGCAACAUGCUAAUGGGAAAGGGAACAGAAGACACUCUCAAUCGUUACCAGGGCUGUAAUCUGGUAUUCCUGGACAUACCUAAUAUACAUGCAGUGCGGGAUAGUCUUGAAAGACUUCAGGCUGUCUGUGAAUCAUCGUCACAGAAAAAAUGGCUGUCACAUCUUGAGUCUACACAAUGGCUGGCCUAUAUUGCUGCUAUACUCAAGGGUGCAACUACAAUUGCCCGCUUUAUCGAGAAAGGUGUAUCAACACUGGUCCACUGCAGUGACGGAUGGGAUCGUACGUCACAAUUGACGUCACUAGCUCAAUUAUUAUUGGACCCUUACUACAGAACAUUUAAAGGUUUACAGGUUUUGAUUGACAAGGAAUGGGUUUCAUUUGGUCAUCGAUUCAAGGAUCGACUUGGACAUCCAUCCUGUCCUGGUCAGCGUUCACCUAUUUUCCUGCAAUUCRUGGACUGUGUCUGGCAAAUCCAUCGACAGUUUCCAUUUGCUUUUGAAUUCACUGCUGAAUAUUUAUUGAGAAUAGCAGACCAUGUUAAUUCACAAUGGUUUGGUAACUUUCUUCAUAAUAACGUUAGAGAGCGUCAGCUUGCGUUCAUCAGUCGAUCGACGGUAUCCCUGUGGUCAUAUCUGGAUGCCAUCAAAGAUGAACAUAAAAACACUAUAUAUACGCCGUCCAAUGAGGCAUUACUACCAGCGUCCAGUCUUCGUCGUCUUCAGCUAUGGUCUGAUUACUUUCUGCGAUACGACGAGACUGCCUGGUCAGCGGUAGACAACGCCCUGGAUAUCGACGAGGAAAACGAUCAGUGUUCAAAGGCACAACCAGACACUGUGGUAUGGGUCCCGGAUGAACGUGUCAAAGAAUGCCAUGACUGCAAACAACGGUUUACCAGGUUUAAGCGCAAGCACCAUUGUCGUGCUUGUGGUCAGGUUUUCUGUGGCGAUUGCUCCAAGCAAAGAAUCCGAUUACCCCAGUUUGGAUAUACAAAUCCUGAGCGAGUGUGUGAAUCAUGCUACCAGCAAAACAAACUACGAAUCAAGGCAGACGAAGAGGUGGUACUGUAUUUUAAGAAAAAGGCAUCAGAACGGAGCAACAAUACUCAGCUUGUUGAUAACGAUGAUACUCAGCGUGUUGAUAACGAUGAUGACAGCGAUAAUGAGGAAGAGGAAGAGGGUCUCCAUGCAAUAUACCCUUCGGAUGACGAAUUAGACAUCAAUGAUGAACUYCAUUAUUUUGACAUCUAAUAUGUUGUCAUGGUAGCAGCAUAUCGACGGGAUUGUUGACUGUAGAGUCGGUAAAGCCGUGAAACACUAACGGAAUAUUAGUGUGUAAUUCUUGAACCAUAUCAAAGGAAGACAAUUAAAAUAAGUUCAAAGACAAUCAUAAUAGUCUGCUAACUAUUUCACGAGUUAAGUGUAACGUGAUGAACAUUUAAUAAUCUUUAUUUGACCAUGAGAGACUCGUCAAACUAAUAGUAGAUAUCACACUCUGAAUCUAUUACUUUCUUUAGUUCUUCACCAAUAAGAACAAACCAAGUAGUCUUAUUCUUCCUUGUUCAACCUAAAAACCAUUCAAGUUAUAACUGAAUAAUACAGAUACUAAAUACUUUAUUUUCUGUUUGUCCACUAAAUACUGCUAAAUUAUGCUAAUUCUAUUGUUUUCUAUUGUUUAAUUAACACUAUUUUGUAGUAAAUAGUGGAAAGUGUUGCACACAUUUAAUGUUAUUUUAAAUAAGACUUUUUUUAGUUUAAAGGGGAUGACCGCUGCUUCAUUUCAUUUUACAAAAGGGAGUCUGCUGUCACAUAAGACAGCGGUCAUCUACUUUGAAUUUAAGAAAGGCAGAUAAUAUAGUUUGUAUAUAUUUCUCAAUGGAGGGGACGGGAUCUUUGUAGCGCCUUGCCUAGGAUAUUUUGAAUCCCCAGACUCUACUUUUCGGAUGCACAUUCACUCGCAUUAAAUAAAAAAGCGUGGAUUUCACUAGCGCAUAAGCAUAGGCAUAAGGAGGAAGCACGAGAGUCAUAUGCGCCAGUGAGAACGGGCUCAAAAUAAGCAUAAGCAUGAGCACAAGAAAAACGAGCAAGGCUUGAUCUUUUUGUGCUUAUCUCAUGCUUAUAUGCUUAGUAAGAACGGGACGGCAUGCACCGAAAUAAUAGGCUCGUGCGCAUGCUCAAUGUCUUAUGCUUAUGUCGAGCCCGUUCUCACUGGCACAUAUGAUUCUCAUGCCUGUGCUUAUGCUAUGCUUAUGCGCUAGUGAAAUCCACGCUAAAGAGAUCAGAGUAAAUUUUAUAUAAAAAGGAUAUAAACUAUAGGUAACGUCUUCACUGUAUGUGUGAAAUAGUUAGCAAAAUUUUCGCAUCUUGGUGAGCAUUCUUUGUUAUUGUUUACUUAGUGCAUUUAAUUUAGGGUGAUUUUCAAAAUUCCGUGAAAUAAAGUAUAAUAGUCAAAUUAUUCACCAAAGUACAGAAAAAACGUCCAAAAUAUGGAGAAAUAAUGUGUUGUACGCUGAAAUGUAUUUCACGGAUUUAUGGAAACCACUCUAAUAAUUAUAUCUUGUUGCUAUUUGUAAAAACACAUCAGUUACAAUUCUACUUUUUUAUAUUUUGUAUUUUUACUAUUCUCAAAAAGCGCUGUACAUGAGCAAAUAAAAUUAUUAUGAAUGAGAGAAAUGAUAGAAAUAAAAAAUGAUUUUUUUUA